UAAAUGUUGUUAUUCGCUGAAUUGUAAGAUUAAUUUCCGAUAAUGAAGUUCGCAUAUAAGUUUAAUAACUUGCUCGGUGCGGUGUUCCGGCGCGGCAAUCUGUUGUUCACACCCGAUGGUUACUCGGUGAUCAGUCCGGUAGGAAAUCGUAUAACGAUCUUUGAUUUGAAAAACAACAAAUCCAACACAUUAUGCAUCGAAAGCCAAUACAAUUACACAGCGAUCGAUCUAUCACCGAACGGAUGUCUGCUGGUGGUGGUGAACGAGAUCGGCGAGGCGCAGAUGAUUAGUAUGAUCUCGCAAACGACCAUCCACCGGUACAAGUUCCGUGGCGAGGUUAAGCACGUGCGCUUCAGCCCUGAUGGACACUUUUUUGCCGCCUGUGUCGAUACGGCCGUGCUGGUAUUUGUGGCACCGGGUGAAUCUUCCGGUUCGUACGGUUCGUUCGUAGUGCAUCGUGCGUUUGAGGUUGGGUUUGAUGAGACGGUGUUUGUGGAUUGGGCUCCGAACUCACGGGUGAUUGCGAUCGGUUCACGGGACAAUACGGUCCGGUUGCAGAACGUUACCUGGCUGAACACGUUCCGACCGUUUGUGCUCGGUGGACAUCGUGAAGCGAUUGUGGGAUGCUUUUUCGAGGAGAAAUCGCUCGAUGUAAACACUAUCAGCAAGGAGGGUUUGUUGAUGCUGUGGGAGUGUGGAAUGCAGCUGGAAGAUGUGGACAAAACGCGUGAGGAGUUGGCUGGCGAAACGGAAGCAUCAAUUGGCAAGAAGAUUCGAAUCACUGGUAGCGACAGCGAUGAGGAGAAUGAACCGGAUGCGUUUACUGCGGAGAAGGACCUUGAGGGAGAGGACGCUGGUGGAAGAAAGGAACUGCAGCUGGAACGGUUGAAGGAUGCUGCAUCGUCGAAAGAAGGUGAAGAGCGAGAUGAGCAAGGAAAAUUGGUUGUUCAAGCAAAACGUCAUCCAUUUUAUUACAAACGACUCGCGCGCCAUUAUCUCGCGGAUCUUCCACGGGCCGAGAACCGAAACGCCUAUGUAACUGUGGCCACAUACCAUCAAAAAUUGCGCAUCCUUGUGGUGGCUUUUUCCACCGGAUCGUUCUAUCUGUACGAGCUACCGGACGUUAAUCUGAUCCACUCGCUGAGCAUAUCCGAGGCAAGCAUCGGUUCGGUAUCGUUCAACGAUACUGGCGACUGGUUAGCGUUGGGAGUUUCUUCCCUCGGGCAGCUACUCGUAUGGGAGUGGCAGAGCGAACAGUACAUUAUGAAGCAGCAAGAACAUUCACAGGGUAUGAAUUGUUUGGCGUAUGCACCGGAUGGUCAUCAGCUAGUCACCGGUGGACAGGAUGGGAAGGUAAAGCUGUGGAACGUUACGAGCGGCUUUUGUGUGGUCACGUUUUCGGAACACACGGCCGCAGUGAUGGCGGUAGAGUUCAGUCGGAACAAGAAAUUCCUCGUCAGCGCUUCACUCGAUGGUACGGUACGAGCGUUCGAUAUCAUCCGAUAUCGCAACUUCCGAACAUUCGCCUCACCAGAACCGGUACAGUUUGCAUCGGUGGCGGUAGAUUGUUCGGGCGAACUGGUGGCCGCUGGAGGACAGGACGUGUUCGAGAUUUACCUGUGGUCGAUGAAGUUGGGCCGCUUGCUCGAAGUGCUGAGUGGACACGAGGGACCGGUGGUGUCGUUAGCUUUCUCACCCGUUGCCUCGUCCUCGGCGAUGGUAUCCGGCUCGUGGGACCAAACGUUACGCAUUUGGAACUGCUUGGAAACAUCCGGUGCGCACGAAACCAUACAGGUGGGAUCGGAUGUGGUUUGUGUCGCUUUCAAGCCGGACGGUGAAGAGGUAGCAAUUUCCACGCUUAACGGUAACAUCACCGUGUUCCAUGUGAAAACCUCCGCACAGCUAGCGUCCAUCGAGGGUAGAAACGACAUGGAGGGUAGCAUUGCUCAGACGGAUGUAAUUUCGGCUAAAAAGAACUUACUUGGAAGGGCAUUCACAUCGAUCUGUUACUCGGCGGAUGGGGAAUGUUUGCUUGCUGGUGGCAAAUCGAAGUACGUCUGCAUCUAUAAUGUGAAGGAGUCGAUCCUGUUGAAAAAGUUUCAAAUUACGCAGAACCGCAGCUUAGACGGAAUGGAUGAGUACAUCAACCGUCGCAAACUGACCGAAUUCGGCAAUAUGGCACUGAUCGAGGAGCGUGAAGAGCUGGAAGGUGGCAAUGUGGCUCUGAAGUUGCCCGGCGCAAAGAAAGGCGAUCUGGCCGCCAGAAAUGUGCUGCCAGAGGUGAAGGUGGACUGCGUCCGAUUCUCGCCUUCCGGCCAAUCGUGGGCAGCCGUUUCGACCGAGGGCUUGCUUGUGUACGCCCUGAACAAGGGCAUUGUGUUCGAUCCGUACCAGCUGUCGACGGAGGUGACACCGCGGGCAACGCGAAACCUUCUGCACAAAGAGCAAAACUACGGUGGAGCACUGCUGAUGUCACUGAAACUGAACGAAACGACACUCAUACAGGAGGUGCUGGAAAGUGUACCUUAUCGUGAUAUCGAGCUGGUAAUUGGUUCCCUGCCGGACGAGUACGCCCUUCGUACGUUGCAGUUUGUUGCGAAGAAUGUCGGCACAAGCCAGCAUAUUGAAUUCUAUCUAAGGUGGUCGAAUCUGCUGCUAACAAGGCUAGGCCAGGUGGAUUCCCUUCUAGACGCACAAACGCUGGUAACGUUGCAUCAAAAUUUGAAUCGCAAAUACGACCAACUUAACAAAAUUUGCGAUUUCAACAAGUACACACUUCAGGUGCUGAAAAAUCUUUCCCUCACGCCUAGCUCACCCAACAGGAAGGUGUCCAAGAGUAGCACCCAAAAUGGAAAGAAUGAUGAGAGCGAUGGCAUCGACGAUGACGAAGACACGACGAUGGCUAAUGGACGUAAUGGCGACGCAUCGUCCGAGGAUGAGGAUGAAAACGAGUGGAUGUUGAUAAAGCAACAGGCGGCAAAUUUGAGUAAAUCAAAGGCCACCAACUCGGAUGAGGAAGACGACGAAUCGAUGGACGAAGAGAAUUAG